AGGGCUCCUCUGGCGCCCCUUGCAAGGCCCCUUUGCAAGGCUGCCCGUGUGUCCUUACUCGUUACUUUGCUUUAUCAUAUACCUAGCUGUCUAGCCAUCCCUGUGUCCUUCCAUGCCUUGUGCACCCCCGCUGUAUGGCCCACUGCUCAUCCCAACCGAGUUGGGGUGUUGGGAGGCGGGGCGCUGCUAACUCGUCCCUCUCCAGGCCUGGGCAGUAGCAGAGUGUUGCUGGAAUGGCUCGGACUUUGGAGGCCAGGAAUCUUGAACUGGAAUCCCCACUGUGGCCUUUCUUUGCUGUGUGACUUUGGACGCCUCGCUGAAUCUCCACUUUGCUUCUUCCUUUGCAAAAGGAAAAUUUCAUUCAGCGAAUGGUUAAGACGCUCCAAAGACGCCACGCUAGGCGCUUUGAUGAGCACAUUGGCUCCACGUGAGAAAAGACCCCUGUCCUCUUGGAGGUUGCUUUCAGGGGGGAAAUAGGCAAUGCACGGAUUUUUUUAAAGUGAUAACUCAGACAGCGGUAACUGCAGCGAAGAAAGUAAGGUUGGAAUCGCCUUUAGCCAAGGCCAAGUUUUGCAACAAGCCUUUGUUCCUCUGCCCAGAUGUCCAAGAUAACAUCCACUAUGGUCUCCAAGGAAAUGAUUUACAACAAGAACAUCCUGGAGUCCACGGACAAUAGUUCUACUUCAGUCAUUGAAGAAAAAAAGGAAAAACGCAGGAACACAGUGCCCGAGAUUGUUCCUGACCAUGCGGCUAAUCCUUUCCACAUGUCUGGAGACGUGGAUUUCUUCUUGCUCAGAGAUCAGGAGCGGAAUAAGUCUCGCCUAGAGCGGGAGCAGAAGAAGACGCUGCGGAUGCACCAAAAGAUGACCUACGCGUCCAAAGUGUUGGCCAAGCACACCAGCCUGCGUCGCGAGCUGCAGCUGGAGGACGAGAUGCAGGACCAGGAGGUGCGCGCCGAGGCGGAGCGGCUGCGCGCCUUCCACGACGACACGGCGUGGAAGCUCUCCAUGACCAAAGAAAAGAAGAUGGAAUCUGAUAACCUGAACAACUACAUCAACCAGAAGCGCCAGAUGUUCCGCAUCCAGUAUGCCCUGGACAUGAAGCAGCAGGAGAUCCAGCGGCUGGAGCUGCUGGUGACCAAGGAGGAGGCAGAGCUGGAGCGGGCAGAAAGGUCCCUGGAGAAUGACGCCGCUCUGUUUGAGGAGUUCCUCCGGGAGAAUGAUCGGAGCUCGGUGCAGGCCCUGAAAGCGGCUGAGAAGGAGACCAAAGCAAAGGUGGAGAAGAUCUUGGAAAUCCGGGACCUGACCACCCAGAUCAUGAACAUCAAAAGUGAGAUCUCCAAAUUUGAAGACACUUUGCAGCAUUACAAGGCCUACAAGGACUUCCUGUACAAGCUGUCGCCCAAGGAGUGGUUGGAAGAGAGGGAGGAGAAGCGUUUGGCUCUCAAAAAGGCCCAGGAGGUCACUGAGCCCCCCAUAGAGAACACUUUACACUCCACGAUCCGGGACAAAGGACCAGGGACCAAGGGCAAGACAGGCUCCAGAGAGGGGCAGGGCCCAAAGAAGUUCUGGAAGUUCCUGCAGGUGGCGCAGCUGGGGCAGAUCCCGUCCAACACCCUGAACCUCCAGCAUAGAAGCCAGGCCAGUGUGUAUAGCGGGCUGAACGCCAAAGGAUCAGACUCUACCACCACUAUGACUGAGGACUCAGGCAGCGACGGGGAGGAGCUGGACCUAUACUUCACGGAGCCCCAGCAGCUCCUGGACAUCUUCACGAAGCUAGAGGAGCAGAACCUGUCACUCAUCCAGAACACCCAGGAGAUGGAGGAGACCCUGGAGGAUCUGAACUGCACUCUGAAAAACACCCAGAUCCGCAUGGACAGGGAAGUCAACCAGCUGAAGCAGUGGGUCAACACGCUGAUGACGUCCAUCGCCAAGGAAGAGGAGACAGUGGCCGAGCUGCAGCUCAAAGCUCGAGUGUUCCACUUCGGCGAGUACAAGGGCGCUCAGGAGGACAAGCUUCUGGAAAGCCUGAACCGCAAGGUGCUGGACGUGUACCGGCACUGCAUCAGCACCCAGCAGGAGUCCAACCUGGGCACUGUGCAGAUGCUCACCAUCAUCGAGCACUACCUGAACGAGCUGCUCGAACACCUAGAGCAUGUACCCCAGGUCAAGAUCGAGCAGGCUGAGAAGGCCAAGGAGAAGGAACGCCGCAUGAGACUCCGAGAAGAGAAGGUGCUGAUGCAGAAGCAGCUGCAGGAGGAGCGUCUGCAGCGGGCCCAGGCUCGGGCCCAGGCGGAGAUCAAGAAGAAGAGAGGCAGGAGGCUGGUGUGUCGCUCCCAGCUCCCAGUCCUGAAAAUAAAGGUGGAGCCUGAGCACGUGCUGAUGGACAAGGACAAGGAGGAGCAGCUGCUAUUCUUCACCUAGCCCUCCGGAGCUGGCCAGCCCCUCUGCCCACAGCACGGCAAUGGCAGCAGCAGGAAGCCCAGGCAGGGCAGGGCAGGGCAGGGCGGUGGGCUGGAUGCGGCUGGCGCAGGAUCGCCGUGCCCCCGCCACCCCCCCCCCCCCCCCGUGGCCUCCCGCUGUGUUCCCUUACCUGUGUGAAAUAAACUCUCCCUCUCUGG